AGUGAGCUGAUUAAGAAACUACAAGGGCGGAUUCCUUUGUGUCAAUCCAGAAUAGAUCAGUGCCUGAAAAGGAUUGAUGACUUGAAUGAACAAAUAACCAAGAAGAAAGCACAAAUUGCGGCAUUAAUGGAGAAGACACUAGAAUUUAGAUCCAAGAAGGAUGAUCUGAAGCACAAUAUUUCAUUGGCUACAAAAGAUAAGCUUGGUUUGGAAGAAGAUUAUGGACGCAAAAUCAAUUACAUUCAGAAACUAGAGAAACGACAAAAGCUGCUCGACAAACAAAUUCAUGAUACUCAAGAGCAACACAUUAGAAAUACUCAGGCAGAAGAGCUUGAGAUGCAGGAGAAAUUAAAACAGUUAGAAGAGGCGGUGGAUCAAGCUCAUGUAGUAUUUCAAAGAUUGAGGACUGAAGAAGAUGCUUUACAAGAAAAUGUUGCAAGAGCAAAAGAUGAAUUCAAUAAUGUUGUCUGUCAGAUUGAGGAAAAUGCAAAAAAACUCUCUGGUAUUCGUAGUCACAUUCGUGAGCUUCAACUUAAUCAAAGCAGCAAGGUUACAGCUUUUGGAGGUGGUAAAGUGAUUCGCCUUUUGGAGCUCAUAGAAAGAAGGUGUGAAAGGUUCCGGAGGCCCCCUAUUGGUCCAAUUGGUUCCCACGUGACCUUGGUUCAUGCAGAGAAGUGGGGACUUGCUGUAGAAAAUGCCAUUGGAAGACUUCUAAAUUCUUUUAUAGUUACAGACCUUAAAGAUUCUCUUGUUCUAAAGGCAUGUGCUAGGGACGCCAACUAUGACUACCUUCAGAUUAUUAUAUAUGACUUCUCCAUACCAAGGUUAAACAUUCCGGGCCACAUGCUUCCUGAUACUAACCAUCCGACUACGCUUUCUGUUUUGCACUGUGAUCAUCCAACCGUAAAUAAUGUCCUAAUUGAUAUGGGUAAUGCUGAGAGGCAAGUUCUUGUAAGAGACUAUGAAGCGGGUAAAAUGGUUGCUUUUGAGCAAGCAAUUUCAAAUUUGAAAGAAGUUUACACUUCGGAUGGAUAUAAAAUGUUUUCUCGAGGUUCUGUUCAAACAAUUCUUCCUCCAAUGAAGAAUGCUAGAAGUGGACGUCUUUGUGGCUCAUUUGACAGUGACAUAGAGAGUCUUGAAAAGGAUGCAUCUUAUUUCCAAGAUCUUGAUGAAAAAUCUAAGAGUGUGAAGAGGAAACUCGAGGAAGAGCUUAGAAGUCUUAACGAAAACAUGCAAAGUGUUAAGAGAAGGCGUAUUGAUGCUGAGCGAGACUUGCAGUCUAAGGAUUUCCGUUUGCAAGAUGCUAAGAAGUCAAAUUUUGCAGUAACUAGCACAACCAAUACGUCGAGUGAUGAACUUCUUCAAGAGGAAUCGAAAAUCAUUGAUGAGAUUCAAGAAGAGAGAAAGUUACUGGAACAAAUGCAACUGAGAGUAAAUGAAGCAGAAACCAAAAGAAAUCAUUUUAAGAUGUUGCUUGAAAAUAUUUGUGAGUCUGCAAAAGUGGACAUUGAUGCCUUGGAAAAUGCAGAAGGGGAGUUGAUGAAGAUAGAUAAGUAUCUAGAUGAUGCUAAAAUGAAGUACAACCAUUAUGAAAACCUCAUGCAAGUGAAAGUCUUAACAGAGCUCAAGGAAGUGGAGAAAGAAUAUCAGGAACUUGAGCAUAGCCGUAAGGAAAGCUACAAAAAAGCUUCUAUCAUAUGUUCCGAGACAGAUAUUGAAACUCUAGGAGGCUGCAAAGGAAAUACGCCAGAGCAACUCAGUGCACAACUAACGAGGCUGAGCAAUAGACUGCAACAAGAGAGUCGAAGACACUCAGAAUCUAUUGAUGAUCUGCGAACCUUGUAUGAGAACAAGGAGCGUAUGAUAUUUAAAAGGCAGCAAACUUAUAAAGCAUUUCGCGAGAAGCUUUCUGCAUGCCGUAAGGCACUAGAUCUGAGAUGGAGUAAGUUUCAAAGAAAUGCAAGUCUCCUUAAGCGUCAGCUGACUUGGCAGUUUAAUGGCCACCUAGGAAAGAAGGGGAUUAGUGGAAAAAUCAUAGUCAAUUACGAAAAGAAGACCCUUUCUGUCGAGGUUACAAUGCCUCAAGAUGCAUCAAGUAGCUCGGUUCAUGACACAAGGGGGCUUUCAGGAGGGGAACGCUCUUUCUCAACAUUGUGCUUUGCUCUUGCUCUUCAUGAAAUGAUUGAGUCCCCAUUUCGGGCAAUGGAUGAGUUUGAUGUAUUCAUGGAUGCCGUAAGCAGAAAAAUCAGCCUAGAUGCUCUUGUUGACUUUGCAUUGGCUCAAGGGUCUCAAUGGAUUUUCAUCACACCCCAUGAUAUCAGUAUGGUGAAGCAGGAUGAGAGGGUAAGGAAGCAACAAAUGACGGCCCCUCGUUAACUUGUACGGCCAAACCUGCAACAGCUUGGAGAAUCAUUCUUCAGAUUAUGGGUUACAAGAUUUACACUUACGAAAUUCAUUCAAGUUAUGCGGCAAGGAUUGAGAAUUACUGAAGCUAUGACACAAUUAGCAAAGAUAUUAUUCAGAGAUGGACCUAUCCAUUGGUGCCCCUUUCUUUGGAAAUUCUGCUUCUAAACUUGAAAGGCGUGGAAUGUAUCCCGCAUCAGGUAUGAAUAUCGGAUAAAAUAUAAGUUCUGAAAAUAUAUUUGAUUAGUACUUUUGUUAGUAUUGCAUUGGCAAUCUAUAUACCUUCAAUUCCUUGCACCGUCUCAAUUUCUGUGCCUACUCAUGGCAUUAUAAGUUCUCUU